AGCAUAGUGGAUACGCGUCAUUUCGAUUGGAGUUUAUUGGCUGUUACAUAGGUAAGUUAAUUCAGAGUCCUGCAUGCAGCUAGCACUGAUCUAAGAAUAUAGAAAUACGUCUAUAUAGGUAAAUAACCUAAUAACUGUGUGAUGACUAUUGCACGAAGUACGGUGGCCGGGCGAUUGGCCUGUAAGACUAUGAUCGAAAUAAAAAUAUUUCAAAUUGUAAAUAUAUUUUAUAAAUUUAUGACAAUACCAUAUCAGUAAUAUCGGCAACAAAAAUAUCGAUGCCAAUAAUUUUGAAUUUGUAUAAUUAGGUUGCUGCACAUGCACACUGAAUAUUUUUCGCCUUUUCAUUUGAAGACUGCUUUUUCUUCGAUAAGCGAAGGUAUAUGUAUAAGCCUCUUAAAUUGGUGUUGAAUUGGGUUUUUUUUUGUUAAUACAUAGAUACAAUUUUGCGUGAGUCCAUACCUCUUGGCAUGGAAAACGGUUUAAUUUUGGAUUCUCAACUUAGUGCAUCAUCUGAAAAGUACUACUAUAUUUCUGGUGCUGCUAGUGGCAGGCUUAAUUCGGAAACAGUACCGAAUGAAAGACACGGUGGUUGGAUAGCAGCAGACGAUGACAGCGCUCCUUGGCUUCAAGUUGACUUCAUAAGCAAUGCGACAAUUACUGCUAUAAUUACCCAAGGUCUAGAUACUGGAGGAAAUUAUGUAAAAGAAUACACCGUGAUGUUCAAUAACAGUGAAACAGGAAUGCAAGAUUACACUGGGCCAAGCACUGGACAAAUAACGGUAAGGGAGAGUAUUCUCGACAAAUCAAUCAAUGCCUUCAUUUCAACACAAUAA